UGGACUUAUAAGUGCCAGCCAAACACCCACUUAAUUUUGACAAGAUGAUGCUCGAAAGAUCAACGACCUAAACAUGACAAACAAGUCCAGAGAGUGAAAUAAAUCAAAUGACCGCCGCUUCUUCCAUCAUCACUCCACUCCUAUCCGACGACGUCGUAAAAUUCGCCGUUGACUACAAAAACCGGCCAGUGUAUCGAUCAACUUCCGGCCGAUGGCGAUCGGCACUCCUCAUUAUAGGUGCUGAAAUUUCCGAGAGAAUCGCUUAUUGCGGAAUCAGCUUGAAUUUAAUAACAUAUCUUACCGGAGACUUGGGUCAAUCCACGGCGGCUGCUGCGGCUAAUGUGAAUGCUUGGUUUGGCUUCUCCCUGAUCACGCCGCUGUUGGGAGCAAUUAUCGCUGAUUCGUAUUUAGGUCGAUAUCGAACAAUCGUCGUCGCUUCAUUUAUUUAUGUCUUGGGUCUUGGCUUGUUGACAAUCUCAGCUGUUAUUCCUUUCAAUCCUACAGACUGUGAUUCCAAUUCUUUAUCCUGUCAUCCUCCCUUGUUCCAACUUAUUCUCUUCUUUUCAUCCCUAUACCUUGUUGCUCUAGCACAAGGAGGACAUAAACCCUGUGCUCAGGCAUUUGGAGCUGACCAAUUCGAUGCUGAAGAUUUGGAUGAGUGCAAAGCCAAAAGUUCAUUCUUUAAUUGGUGGUAUUUUGGUUCAUGUACUGGUACAUUGGUGGCUCUCACAAUUCUAAGUUAUAUUCAAGAUAAUUUUGGUUGGGGUUUAGGUUUUGGGAUUCCAUGUAUCACCAUGAGUUUGGCAUUGGUGGUGUACUUGCUUGGAACUAUGUCAUAUCGAUUUAGCAUCAGCAGUGAUGAGAAGAGUCCGUUCAUGAGGAUUGGCAGAGUUUUUGUUAUAGCAGUAAGGAAUCGUUCACUUGUCUCGUCAGCACCAUCAUUAAAUGACAAGGCUAGGGAAAUUUUGGCUGAUCAGGGUUCACAAAAAUUUAAUUUUCUCGAUAAAGCACUGCUUUCACCUGAUAGUUCAAAGGAGGAUGAAAAUUCGUGUAGCAUUAGUGAAGUUGAGGAAGCAAAGUCAGUUCUCAGGCUGGCUCCUAUAUGGGCUUCAUGUUUAGUAUACGGCAUUGUGUUUGCACAGUCUAUCACAUUAUUUACUAAGCAAGGAGUUACGAUGAACAGAUCUAUUGGGUCACAGUUUCAGAUACCUCCUGCUGCAUUACAAGCUGUCAUCUACCUUGCUGUACUUCUUUUCAUUCCUGUCUAUGACCGUGGUCUGGUCCCAAUCGCAAGAGUCCUGACUAGGAAGCCUGCAGGCAUAACAAUGCUACAAAGAAUUGGAGUUGGACUACUUUUCUCGGUCUUUUCCAUGCUAUCAGCAGCUUUGGUUGAGAUAAAACGACUUCAAACUGCGCAAGAUUACGGACUGGUUGAUACACCAGAUGCAUCCAUUCCAAUGAGCAUCUGGUGGUUAGUACCACAGUAUGUAUUGUUGGGACUAGCUGAUGUUUUUGCUAUAAUUGGUCUUCAAGAGUUCUUUUAUGAUCAGGUUCCUGCCGAAUUAAGAAGUGUAGGUCUUUCUCUAUAUCUGAGUAUCUUCGGAGUUGGAAGCUUCUUGAGCAGCUUUCUCAUCUCCGUUAUUCAAAAUGCCUCCAGUAAAAAUGGUCGUGAUGGUUGGUUUGCGGACAACUUAAAUCGAGCUCAUCUUGAUUACUUUUACUGGCUACUUUGCGGACUCAGCGCAAUGGCAUUACUGAUGUAUUUGUUCAUUGCAAGAUCAUACGUUUAUGUGCGGACAAGUAUUCUGAUACAUGCAUGAUUAGUAAUUUGCGAUUAUGUAGAUAACCAUCAAGGUAUUAUCAAAUGACCAUUGAUCUCACUUGAGGAACUGUAUUAAUUGUUGUGUUUGUCUU